CCCCUCUCGACGCUCCACUUUUUCGCUGAGAAAGAAGCAUCGGCGGGAGUGAGGAGCGCAAGGCCCGGCGUCGAGGCGUCGCAGUCACAAGCGGCGCAGUGGCGAGGGGGAGAUGUCGGACCUUGGGGACUGGUUCCGGAGCAUUCCGCUUAUCACCCGCUACUGGUUUGCAAGUUCUAUCGUGGUGCCCCUCGUCGGCAAGCUAGGCCUGAUCAGCCCCGUUUAUCUCUUCCUGUGGCCCGACGCCUUCAUCAACCGCUUCCAGAUCUGGAGGCCAAUAACUGCAACAUUUUAUUUCCCUGUUGGCCCAGGGACAGGCUUUCUGUAUCUGGUGAACUUAUAUUUUUUGUAUCAGUAUUCAUCACGUCUGGAAACAGGUGCUUUUGAUGGAAGGCCUGCGGACUACGUGUUCAUGCUGCUGUUUAACUGGAUUUGCAUUGUGAUUACUGGCUUGGCUAUGAAUAUGCAAUUGCUGAUGAUCCCCCUGAUCAUGUCAGUACUUUAUGUUUGGGCCCAGCUGAACAGAGACAUGAUUGUGUCAUUUUGGUUUGGGACUCGGUUUAAGGCAUGCUAUUUGCCAUGGGUUAUCCUGGGAUUCAACUAUAUCAUUGGAGGCUCUAUCAUCAAUGAACUGAUCGGCAACUUGGUUGGUCAUCUGUACUUUUUCUUAAUGUUUAAAUAUCCAAUGGAUUUGGGAGGAAGAAAUUUUCUGUCAACACCUCAGUUUCUGUACAGCUGGCUGCCCAACAGAAGAGGAGGGGUAUCCGGAUUUGGGGUUCCCCCUGCCAGCAUGCGAAGACCUGCAGAAAAUCGCCAGGGAGACACGAGGCAUAACUGGGGCCAGGGCUUUCGGCUAGGUGAUCAAUGAAAAAAAACCUUUCUGCUUUUCUUUCUUUUUCCUGUGAGGAACAUCUUCGACAAUACAAGGGAAUGUUUCUUGCUGUGGAGUGAAUUCAAGGACCAGGUUUGCUCUAGGGCUGUUGGCUCUGACCCAUUAUGAAUUCUCGUUUGUUCCUGGUGGAAGACAACACGGCUGACGGACAAGAUAGAUUGUAUUCCAGGCCAUUAACAUAUUUAGCUUGUGGCUGCCAUUAAAAAAGGAAACACACAUUUCUAAGGGUGUCUAACACAGCGUACUUCUAUUACAGUGAAUUCAUGUCUGUCAAUCAGUCUUGUAGGCCUCACUUCAUGUAAGAGCCCUACAAAAUUCUUCCCGAAUCCACUUUGGGGUCAAAAAGCUGUCUGAGCCUCCAUUUUGAAUUCAUACUAGAGUUCAAGUCCACUGUAAUGCUAAGAAAAACAUUUCAGGUAUCCACGGCUGCAUUUUUCUUUAUUUAGUCGGAAGCAACUUUUUUUAAAAUCUCUUUUUGAGUGACAAGUGCUACUUAACUAAUUCAGAUAAUGAAUUCUCCCUGGAGCCAUCAGAGAGAGAGAGAGAGAAAGAAAGGAAGAAAGAAAGGAAGGGUUGGCUGGAGAGUGCUAGCUUUUAAUUUGCAAGCUUACUGUAGCCUCUGCACCCCCAGCAUAGCAAAUAUGGUGCAUUUUAAACGCCCGGUUCUGUGCACUGACUUUGGAGCAAGUCUUACAGAUCGUGAUUUUGAUGGGGUUGACUCAGUAAAAGUGUAUUUACUUGGAAGUGAGAAAAAAUGUGCUCUGUUGCCUCAAAUGUGUAACCAUGGCUUUGGCGCGUGUCUCCUGGCAUGAAUGACCAGAGAACGCUUCUCUCGCACAAGAGUGAGAGGACAAUCUGAAUGCAGAGAGAUCUGUUGAGCAGUAAGGUAGAAUACCUUUUUGCAGAAUGAUAAAAACAACACGAAUCAGAUGGCUGAGCUUGAUAAAGGAGAUGCUAACUUCCUCCAGCUUUUUUCAUUUUUGAAUGUAACAUGAGAACAUAAAUAAUAUGUAGUAAUCUCUGAUGGAAGAGGGUGAUUAGUUUUCAUGUAAGAAACUGGUGUAGUGUCGUAAGGUACGUGGAGCUGCUGACAGGGUGAUGUUGGAGAAUGUUCCCAGAUGGGCCGUGAUAAGGGAGACUCAGACUUCCCUUCGUUCUGUUAAAGGAUUGGCCUUCUCUAGAACUGAUUGAGCUUCUCUGACUUGAUGUGAAUUAGGCCACAAGACCCACUAUGGGAAUCCAAGAAAGAUCACAGCAAUCCUCGUCUUGUCCUUCAUCCCCUAAUUACACAAGCAUAAUUGUCUACGGUUCCGUCUCUAAAAUAGGGAUACAAAUGAAUGUUUAUUCAGCUCUGCUAGGAAAUGGUGUUUCCAAAAAAUGGGAAGUGCUAUGUUCAUAGUUAUGAAUGCUUUGUUUGCCAUUCCCAGUAAUUGCCAGCAAUUUCAAAUCAGUGACUAGUUUAGUCAACUGGGAUGAUGGAAUGAUUUUACUAUUGUCUGCAACUAGUUCACAAUCCCUUUAUGGCAGUGUUGCUCAACCUUGGCAACUUUAAGAUGAGUGGACUACCAGAAUUCCCCAGCCAGCCAUGCUGGUUGGGGAAUUCUGGGAGUUGAAGUCCACUCAUCUUAAAGCUGCUAAGGUUGAGACUGCUUUAUAGUCUCUGAGGAAAGCAGAGCCUUGUGAUUAUGCUUCCAGUCGUGCAGUAAUACAUAGAUAAAGGACUCAUUUAGCACAAAUUUCUAGGUACUUCAUUACUCUUAACUUGGUUUUUAUAUCUAGUAAGACGACAGAAGACCCAGAUUAUGCUGCUUGUCACUACUACUGUUUUUUUUUUAAUGUUAGGAACAGAUUUCUGAAUGUCACUGGGUAGUAUCUGUGGUUCUCUUGAGUUGUCAUCCAAAAGAGGAAAAAUACAAAGAGGACAGAACGGUGCGCAUACCUCAAACUUUGGUUGCUCAGAUUCUACUGCCAAAGAACCAAGCAACGGUUUUAAAUAAACUUUUUGGGUGUCGCUAUGCAAAUUAGAAAGCAAUUGUGGGCUUGUAUAGCUUCCCCCCCCCCCCAUGGCUGAAUGCUGUUGCUUUAGAUGUUAACUGAGGAAACUUACUACAGAAAUUAUUUUGGUCAAACCUAACCUGUUUGUAAAGCAAAAACUCAGCUAUAAGAUCUAGCAGGCAAAACCCAGGACAAGCCCAUUGCUACAUUUUGAGAAAAAAUAUGGAUUGACUUGCACAAGGCUAAGUUUCUCAUGCAUGCUGCAUCUUCGCAGCUUUACGAACAACCUUAUAUAUUAAAGGCCGGUGGUUGCUUCCUUAUGUAGGCCAUUAAUAGGAUUGUGUAUGUCAUCUUUUUAAAUAAAAGUGAAUGGAGGGGUCUAGAUUAGAACAGUCACCCCAGUCAUGCUGGUAUUUUACUGAUAGGAAUUCCUUAGCUUGGGAGGAACUAAAAAAACAAUCACCAAAUGAAAUUCUCCCACUGUUGGAAACAGUUAUUCUGAUAGUUCUUCAGAAUGGUAUUGCUUGGAUAUUAGUGAAGGAUCCUUCACUUGGACCUUUCUGUCAGAUCCCAAUGGAGGCCUGCUGCUACUGGAGAGCUACAAGGGUGUGGCCAUUAAGCGAGCAGGAGUGGCUUCCUCCAUGAAGCAUGGCACUCAAAUAAAUAUAAACACAUAAUUUAAAAAAUCAUUGUUUCUCUCAUCUUCCCAGCACGUCUCACUGCCAAAGAGUCAAAGUGGUGGUAGGAUGGACAGAACAGCAGCUUAGCUCUUCCAAUUUUGGGGAACAGUUAAUGCCAACCUAUAUUCCUUGUUUGCAGGAACGUGAGAGAUCAGAUCCUAAGCUAUGAGUUCCAGCCUUACAAGCAUAAAGAGGGAAGGAGAUGGGGGCAAAGUUAGUUUGUUGAUCUCUGAGCAACUUCAGAUGUUCAGGAAGGACACACAGAUAACCUGCUACGUUGUAUGGUUAAGUGGGAAUGCCUUGACUGUGAGAUAUGCUCUGCGUACCCCUUGCAGUACUUCAGGUGGGCGAGGGAAGGCAGUCUGUUCUAUCCUCAAGAUUGGAUUUGGCUCUUUGUAUCUCCACAGCAACAUUUCUGUGCACGUGGAAAUCCUAUCUAUUAUGGAGAGAGCAUCUAUCUACAUUUUUCUGAUACGCUGGUUUUCCGGGAGCAAUUGUUGCAUUCAAAAAGCGGUCUGCCACAGUCACACCAUAUUGCUUUCCUAAAUGUAAUUCACUCUUAUGACUCUUCAUGCAUUGCUUUGCUCACCUGAAGCACUUUACCCCCGGUUUUAAGUUGAUACUGUCAAGGGCCGAUUCUGUUGUGAAACAGGCACCUCUAUUCUUUUGUAUAGACAACUUCUCUUUUUGUAACUAAAUUCUUUUUUGUUCUUGUCAUUGGUAAAGUUUUAAAUUAAAGCUGUAAAACUGUA